AGCCCAGGCUGGCUCCAGGCUCCGCUAGGUCAGGUGCCCACACAGGCUGGGUGGGUUGGGGAGGCGUAAACACAGUGUCUGUGGCCCUCGGCCUUGGAGGAGGGGGCAAUGAGGCUGGGGUUGCUGCCGGGCCUGCUGUCGGGGCAGGUGCUGGUUUGGGCCCUGGGUGUGUGGUCCCAGCCCCAGGAACUGUUCCCCAAGGAGUCCCACACCCUCAACUGGAACAAGUUCUCAGGGUUCUGGUACAUCGUGGCAGUGGCCACCGACGCUCCAGGGUUCUUGCCCGCCAGACAUAAAAGGAAGCUGGGGGCCUCCGUAGUGACGGUGCGCAGGAAGGGCCAGCUGCAGGUGGUCAUGGCAUUCAACCGGUCUCAGGGGUGCCAGUCCCAGGAGGUGACCCUACGGAAGGACAAUAAGAAGGCCGUGUUCAGGAACCCCUUGCGUGGUGUGAAGGCCUUCCACGUGCUAUCCACUGACUACCGCUCCGGCCUGGUCUACCUGCGCCUGGGGCGGGCGGGCCGUGACUACAAGAACCUGAUGCUCUUCAGCAGACAGAACGUGUCGAGCGUCCAGAGCCUGUGGUCGCUGAGAGACGCGAGCGAGAUGCUGGGGCUAGCCCAGGGCGUGGCCUUCCUCCCCAAGGAUGACUCCUGUGCACACACAUGCAAUGACCAUAGCCCCAGUCCAAAGACCCGGGGGACCCCGGUGCCACACGGCGAACAAAGCCCUGAACCCAACGAGGAGCUGGGCUCAGAGGGAACCUGUCCAGCCAAGCCUCAGCUGACACCACAGCCUGGCCUCCCGGGAGACCCGGCCAAGGCUGCAGCUGAGCCAGCCUGGAUCGAGUCAAUGGCUUCCCAGAUGGCCCUCCGCACCUCCCCCACCUGCCCCAACUGCUCUGAGUCAAAUGCCGAGGCUCAGACCAUGGACCAGAACGUGGCCCUGAGGACCCAGCCGGAGUGCCGCACGGCCAGCGAGCAGGGUGGCCGGCCCUGGUGGCCAUGUCUGCAGGGCUCCUGUCCUGCGCCUAGUAACACCCCCUCCGCCAGGACGCCUUCUGGGCUGGUGGGGGCUCCCCACCUGCAUUCUGAGACCACUGUGGUCUCGGCCGUGGCAGUGGGGGACGGCACCGCCUAG